UGACGGAAAUUUCAAUUCAAGUAUUUUUAUCAGUAGCCUGCAAUGUAGUUGGAAAUAUAUUAAAAUUCAAACAGUUAGUUAUAAUGCUGCCAGUGGUCCAUACCUGUCAUUUCGCUGAGACUUAAGCAGGUGCGAAAGGCGAAUAAAAUGUUCUCUGGGCUGCGUAAGAAGAACGAACGAGAUUCUUUCAACAGAGAUUGGGAGAACUAUCACAAGCGAAAUGUAAAUGUUGCCCAUCAGCUGGCCCAGAAGUUGGAGAAGCCAGUAACUGAGAUAACGAAACUAAUGUAUAAUAUAACGGUGCAGAAUUACAGCCAGAUCUUAAAUCCAAUCGGCGGGGUUUUAAGGAAGUGGGAAGUGCCCUUCGUCAGCGCCGAUGCUUGUGACAAAUUUCUGACAAUCUUUGACUUAGAUGGGAAUCUACGAAAUCCAUCGCAUCCCAAGAGUCUUUUUAAACUGCUUCAACUGAUGCAGCACAUAUCCAGAUGGGGUUCCAGUAGCUACUCGAGUCGCGCACAAUUAGCAAACAGUCAAUACGUAGCCAAUAUGAAAUUUGCUAGCUCUUAUCCAAAAAUAAGUUCCAAUUUUUUUGAACAAGUUUACAAAAUUGGUAAGCUGAACAGAAAGCCGCAGCAGCAGCAGCGGAAAUACAGCAGCAUCGGCGAGAGGUACACCAGUGCCAUCAGCAAUCACAUCAGGUACGCCGAUAAUAUCAACACCGAAAGAGAACAGAAAUUAAAAAAAAAAACUUUUCAAAAAGUACGGCAUGCGUUGUUACCGCGAUCAAAGUCUAAGAUCUCGCUGAUCAGUAAAUCGAAUAUAGGCCGAUUCAAGAAUCUGUCCAAGUUCUAUACAUCAAGAGCGAAAAAGAGUGCCAAAUUGUCCCUGGCCGAGCUGAUGACUGAUGAUAAGGGACGGCGACGGGCAUUCGGAAUCAUGGAGCUUGACAUGCUGAAGUCGAAACAAAAGUUUUUUUUGCGUUUACUACUGGAAAAGAACAUGAAAGAUAAAGCCGAUGAGCUUAUCAAUGCAUUGGUUGAAACAGAACUGGGCGAUCCUCUAAAGCAUCAAUAUCGCGAGAACUCUGUUGCAGCAGAAAUAUCUAGCUUCUAUUCGGCUGUUGUGGCCAAGCAUGGGCAUUACAAAAGAGCCCAAAUAAAAUGGGACUUGCCCUUUGAUAUGAAAUCUGAAACACUGCUACAGCGUUAUAACAAUGUUAAGUUACCAACUAUGGAUCGUGUGUUCAUAGUAUACCACGCACCUUAUAACGACAACAAUCCCUCCGCUUGGAAGCAUAAUCCGCACAAAGCUUUAAAAAUUUUAAUCUCAAUGCCGAUAUUCUGCUCCUCCUCCUGCGGUGAGCCAAAGAACCGAAUUCUUCGACUGAUCAACUGUGAGCAGGAGACGGAGACUGCUAGGAAAUGUAAGCAGUUCAAUCCAAUUUGGCACUCGGAGGAAAGGCGAUGGGCUCUGCAAAAUGGAAUCAUGUUAAGGCACCUGGCCAACAUAGUACAGAAGCCAGUCGAUCAGGUGUCCAGAUUCAUGUUUGAGCUAACUAUGAAAAAGUUUGGCGAGAUAACUAAUCCAAAAUGUUCGCGUUGGACCCAUUGCCGAGUGCCGUUCGUUAGGCCUGACACUUGUGUGCUCUACGAUGGAAUUUUCGAUCGUGAGGGCAAUCUUCGCCAAGUAUUUCAUCCGUACAUUCAACAGUUAGUGGUUUCAAUAUUGGAUCACUACUUAAAUAUGCCGUGCGAGGUAGAAGAGCCGCAUAGUAAAAGACCAGAGUAUGCGAUGUUUAGCAGCAGGAAGGGAACAACUUGUAAGAAUUUUUUAAAAUCUGACAGGAAUGAUAGAAAUAGCAAUACCACAGAUUUGGUGGGGUUUUUGAAGAAUUCGACGUUUAGCUUGGGAUUCGGUACUAAUUCAGGCAAGGGACAGGGCAAUGACAAAGGCAACCGUAGCCUUAAUAGAGACGGUGGAAAAGAAUCAGAUAAAGAUUCAGAUAAAGAGAAAAAUAAAAAAAAAGAAGAAAAAGAAAAAGGAAAAGAAAAAGGAAAAGGAAAAGGAAAUAGAAGUUCAGAUGGAAGUUCUGAUGAAAGCUCUGAUGAUGAUGAUACAAGUUAUGAUCGUUAUGGUAGUCAUGAUCGUAAUGGUAGCUACGGUCGUAGUAGUAACCCUGAUCGUAAUGGUAACUAUAAUCGCAAAGGUGACUAUGAUCGCAAAGGUAACCAUGAUCGCAGAGGUGACUAUGAUCGCAAAGGUAACUAUGAUCGCAGAGGUGACUAUGAUCGCAAAGGAAACUAUGAUCGCAGAGGUGACUAUGAUCGCAAAGGUAACCAGGAUCGUAAUGGUAACCGUGAUCGUAAUGGUAACUACGAUCGCAAUGGUAAUUAUGAUCGUAGUGGUAGCUAUGAUCCUAGUGAUGAUCGAAAUGAUCGUAAUUAUAGUACUGAUGGCACUUAUGAUGAUGAUGAUCAUCAUGGUAAAGGUAACUCCGCCCGCAAAGGUGGCGUUGGUCAAGAUCGUCGUAACAGAGACAUUGCGGAAAUUUCAGACUUGUACUCAGAUGUUGUGGAAAACAAAAAGCAGUUGAUUAAGAAAAAACCACCACCAAAGAAGAAGGCUUUCAAAGGCGAGGGAGCACAAUAUUUGGGUGUGAUGCUACCAGUAUUAAUGCACGAGCCAUUCGAUGAUCAGAAGCCGUGGACAUGGAUCCGACGACAUCCCCAACAACCACGGCUGCUCGAAGGAGUUAAAGUGGGACGUGCCAAGAUACAUAAGUACAGGCGUCACACCCUAGAGUUACAAAUUAAAACGGCAAGAAGAGAUCAAUCAAUACGAACGAUGUAUGAUGUUAAGGAUCAUCCGUCGAUCAUUUCUGUUGACAUGUUUGGCAGGGCUGAAAAGCCAAAGAAGGGUAUACCACUGGUGACAGCGUACAACUAUAAAAAGCUAUUGAUCAAGUCACAACCGAUAAAAUGAAACUCGGGAUGUAAGGCUAUCAACUGUGACGGAUAACAAAACAUUUACGAAAGCUCAAGAAAUACGAUGUUUAUUGAUUAUUUAAC